AUUACAAAGAACGCAUUUGCUGCAGCGCUGAGUCUCCUCGUCCUCGUUGACCUUGGAGGGGAGGCGUGCAAGGAUAAGACAACGACGGAGCGCACCAAGGAUUGGUGGGAAACGGCGCAGUUCUAUCAGAUCUAUCCGCGCUCCUUUAUGGACUCGGAUGGCGACGGCAUUGGUGAUCUGAAUGGCAUCGCGAGCAAGCUGGAGUACCUCAAGGAUCUGGGCGUGACAGCUGCCUGGCUGUCGCCCAUUUUCAAGUCCCCCAUGGUGGACUUUGGCUACGACAUCUCCGACUUCUUCGACAUACAGCCGGAGUACGGCACAAUGGAAGACUUUCGUGCCCUAAUUAAGAAAGCCAAAGAGCUGGAUCUGAAAAUCAUCCUGGACUUUGUGCCCAAUCACUCCAGCGAUGAGAACGAGUGGUUCAAGAAGUCCGUGAAGCGGGAGAAGGGCUACGAGGACUACUACGUGUGGCACGACGGGAAAAUUAAUACGGACACUGGUAAGCGGGAGCCACCCACUAACUGGCUGCAGUACUUCCGGGGCAGUGCCUGGCAGUGGAACGAGGAGCGCCAGCAGUACUACCUGCAUCAGUUCGCCGUGCAGCAGCCGGAUCUGAACUAUCGCAAUCCGGAUGUGGUGGAGCAGAUGAAGCGCGUGCUGCGCUACUGGCUGAACGAGGGCGUCGCUGGCUUCCGGUGCGAUGCGCUGCCGCCGCUCUUCGAGGUGCUGCCGGAUGCGGAGGGUCAGUUUCCCGACGAGCAGUUGUCUGGGGCUACGCAGGAUGCGGAAGAUCGUGACUACCUGACGACGGCGUACAUUGAGAACCAGCCGGAGACCAUCGACAUGGUGUACCAGUGGCGCCAGGUGCUCGAUGACCAUCAGCGCAUCCAUGGCGGCAGCUCGAGUGUGCUGCUCAUUGAGACCUACUCGCCGGCCUGGUUCACCAUGCAGUUCUAUGGCAACCGAUCCGUGGAGGGUGCCCAUCUGCCCUUCAACUUCAACCUGAUAACCGUGAUGGAGCAGAGCCCCUUGAGUGGGGCCAAUGUGCAGAAGGCCAUUGACCUCUGGCUGAACAACAUGCCAGCCGGGCGCACAGCCAACUGGGUGCUGGGCAAUCACGACAAGCGCCGGGCGGCCAGUCGCUAUGGAGAGCAGCACAUCGAUGCCAUGAAUAUGCUGAUCAUGAUGCUGCCCGGCGCCAGUGUGACCUACCAGGGCGAGGAGCUGGGCAUGACAGACGCCCAGAUUAGCUGGGUGGACACUGUGGAUCCCUGGGCCUGCAACUCGAAUCCCGAUAUAUAUGAGAAAUACACCAGAGAUCCCGCACGCACGCCAUUCCACUGGACAAGCGGCAGCAACGCUGGCUUCUCCACGGCCGCCCAGACCUGGCUGCCCCUGGCUGCCGACUACGUGACGAUCAACGUGGCCACCGAGUCCGCGGCGCAACGUUCCCAUUUGCAUAUCUACAAGGCGCUGAUCGAGCUGCGCAAAUCACUGAAAACUCUGCAAAAUGGCGCGACUAAAUAUCAGGCGCUAAUUGAGGAUGUUUUCGUGCUGAAGAGCGCCAGCCUAGCCACACACGAGCUCAACUUGUUGCCCGGCGAGGCUUUGGUCAUGACUACAAAAUAAAUAAAUCGCAAUUACUAGAA